AUGAGAUUAUCACAAAGCUACAUUGGGCUAGGAUUAAAGAAUGGUUCAUCACUGCUUCAAAGCAAUCGGAGAAUCCUCUUGAAAACACCCCAAGUAUCUACUUAUGUUUUCAAAGGGAAAAGAUUCAAAACGGAUUCAGUUCAAUCGACAAAUGCCAAUGAUAAACUACAUAGAAUCAUUAAACGAUCAAGCUUUUUAACGAAAUUAAACUCCAAUCCUAAGUAUAAACACUACUUUGAUAAACUAUCGGAAGCAGGAGCGGUGUCUACAGUAACUUCAUUUUUAAUCUUGCAUGAAAUAACAGCAAUUAUACCACUUUUUGCAUUAUGGGGAAUACUCUAUAAUCUCGAUAUUUCAGAUCAAUACGAAAUGCCCGUAUAUUUCAAAGACCUGUUCAAUAAGUGCGGUGAGAGCAUAAGUAAAUUAGUUGGAGAAUAUGAUAAUGGGUGGGAUAGAGAUCGAUUAGUGGUUUCUGGCGCCAUAUCGUAUGCUAUAGUGAAAUUUCUUUAUCCCGUGCGAGUCCUUUUCAGCCUUUGGGCUGCCCCUUAUAUGGGGAUGUUAGUAGUCGCACCGUUUAAGAAAUUAAGGGCACUGUUUAGGUGA